GAACUUUUGUGAGUUUACGAAAGCCUCGUUUAGACAGAAGUUCAGGAUGGUGGUUUACAGUUUCUACAUCUUUGAUAGGCAUACGGAAUGCAUAUACUCCCGCCUCUGGGCCCGACAACCCGACCGGCCUAUCUCUUCAGGUCCCCCUCCUUCGAGACCAAUCUCAACCUCCAGCACAUCUUCUGCGCCAAUAACACUGGCUCCUACCAACGAACUCAACCCUCCUCGAAGAUCAACACGUCUAUCUGCACAAGAUGAUGCCAAGCUCAUAUUCGGUACCAUCUUUUCGUUACGAAAUAUGGUCCGUAAAUUGGGAGGUCCGGAAGAUAGCUUCAUUAGCUACAGGACGGGCCAAUAUAAGCUGCAUUACUACGAGACGCCUACAAGCAUCAAAUUUGUGAUGUUAACGGAUACACAGACGUUGAAUAUGAGGAAUGUCUUGCAUCAGAUUUAUGUGAAUCUAUAUGUGGAGUUCGUGGUCAAGAAUCCAUUGAGUCCAGUGGAGCAUCCUGGUGGAGAGGGUGUAGCAAAUGAGCUGUUCGAACUUGCUUUGGAUCAGUUCGUGAAAGGGGUCCUUUGAGCCGGCUGUGAAUAUAAUGCCUAGAUGUUAAAACUCAAGCCUCUCGAGGGAUCACAGCGGAAUUCAUGGUAUCUUAUGGCGUUCACGGGUGCAUUGCAGGCGCUCUGGUAGGAAUGAUGGAAGUAUGAUCAUGUUGGAAGAGAUACCAGCCAGGUGUGGCAGACACCAAUAUGCGAAGAGUUCAAUGUAGAACUAGACCAGCAGAAGCUCAAUUCCCCGAGCCGAUUUAGAUCUCAGUCGACUUUUGAAGAGUCUGAAGCCGAGUUAAGUAAAAAAAGGUUUUAGGAUCUGCCUAUGAGAG